AGCUGUUAUUCUUAUAAUUCCCAGGUUCAGGCCAAAAACAAUUUGGUUCCUUAAUGGUGGCUUUUGUGGGUAUUCCAGCGAGAGGAAAAACUGUCAUGGCUCACAAACUGGCCCGAUAUUUGAACUGGACAGGAGAAGUGGCUAAAGUAUUCACUGUUAGUGAGUAUCGGAGGAAGCUUGUGGAGCAGUAUGACAGCCAUGAUCUGUUUAGGGCAGACAAUCGUGAAGCAAUGGAAAUUCGUAAGAAGAGUUCUGUGACUGCUAUGGAAGAUGCAGCACUGUGGCUUAAAGAAGAGGGAAAUGUUGCAGUUUUGGAUGGUACAAAUGCAACCAAAUCACAACGGGAAAAUGUUUAUGACUAUUGUGCAAAAUUAUGCUGCAAGGUGCUGUUUAUUGAGAGCAUAUGUGAUGAUGAUGACAUCUUGUCUAGAAAUAUCAAGGAAGUCCUGCAGAACAGCCCUGACUACAAGGACAUGGCUCAAGAAAAGGCAAUGGAUGAUUUUCACCACAAAAUCCAACAUUACUUAGAGCAGUAUGAGCCCAUCAACCCUAAACAAGAACCCAAUCUCCGAUAUAUUAAGAUCAUGAAUGAAGGUGAAACAAUAUCAGUUCGCCGUGUGGCAGGACAGAUUGAGGGUCGAAUACUGGCUUUCCUGUCAAACUUUAAACCUGCACCAAAGACAUUAUAUUUUUCUCGGCAUGGCGAGAGUGAAAACAAUGUAUUGGGCCGAAUUGGCGGUGACACAAAUCUGUCGCCACGUGGGAGAAAAUAUGCACAGUCAUUGGCUCGGCACAUGAAUGAGGUCAAGAUUGAGGGGCUGAAGGUAUGGACUAGUGAACUGUGUCGCACAAAACAGACAGCUGAAGGCAUCAAUGCCCCUGCAGAACAUAUUUCAGCCCUUAAUGAACUAGAUGCUGGUGUCUGUGAAGGUCUAACAUAUGAAGGAAUGCAAGACAAGUUUCCUCAAGAAUUUGCUUGGCGAGACCAAGAUAAGCUUCGUUACAGAUAUCCAUGGGGUGAAUCAUAUGUUGACAUCAUGGCUCGAUUAGACCCUGUUCUUCUGGAACUGGAGCAUGAGGAUAAUGUGCUUGUUGUCAGUCACCAGGCUGUCCUGCGCUGUAUACUGGGCUAUUUUUUGAACAAGAAACCUGAGGAACUACCUUAUAUCAACGUUCCUCUGCACACACUCAUCAAGAUAACAACAGAUGGCUAUAACUGUCACAUGGAAUGUACUAAAUUGAAUGUGGAGUGCGUGGACACAUACAGGAAGCAGCCUAAGAACUGUUCAGCAGAUCGCACAACAGAUGAUGCUCUUCUUACUGUGCCAUCUCAUUUUGACUCUCUUAACUUCUGGCAGCUGACAGGUCAGUCAUCUCUCAUCACACAGCACUAGACAACUUCCCUCAUGUUUUUUAUCAUAUCUCUCUGGCCAUGGCAAUUUCUUUUUGUGUUUUUUAUACCUAUUUUCUUCCACUUGUCAUAAUCAUAAAUGUGAAAUGAACUUCCCAGUUGUGUUUGAUAUAUCAGAAUCAUUUCAACCUCCCUCUCAUAUGUCUAUAACUGAAAAAUGUGCAUUUUUAACUAGAAAGUAGAAAGACUGUGACAGGUAUUUUCUAACGUGUGCCCCAGUCUACCUGAUGAAAAGACUGUUGUUCACAUGCAUAGUUCUUUUCUUAACACACUCAGCUGUUACAUCAUCAUGUACCCUCUCAGAAAAUGAAAUCUGUACAUGUUCUUGAACUGGGAUCAAAUGUUGCCCUCCUCCUUCAGAAGAAGUAACUUUUUUGAAAUCUCCAAGGAUUUUCAGAAAUGUACAUGAUGAAAUACAAUUAACAUUUGCAUCAUCCAAUUUCUUUUAUGAAAAUGAGAAUUAUAUCAGUCUGAUUAUAGCAAUACUUUACUGCCAUCAGUUCCAGUGUGACAGAUUAAAUUUCAUCGUACUUUUUCUUCCUGAUGGUGCAUGAGAUUUAUUUUGAGUCAGUCUGGGUCACACAGAAUUCAUGCUUAGUUGAAGAGAACUGAAAUAGAGUGAAGGUGUGGUAGUAUCACCUAACAAAAUUUACAUUAAAGUAGAUGUGUUGAGAUGACCUUUGAGAGAACACCUCAAGACAUGGAAACCUUCUUCAUUUAUAGCAUAAAAAUCAGUACCAUAAUCAUCUUAACUACAAAUCAAACUAUUUAUUUUAGAAUACUGAACUGACUUUUAGUAUUUCAUGAGCAAUUUUAUAACUUGUACAAAUUUCUCUCUUAUUAAAGUUUGUGAAAUGAUUUAUUUUAUUGUAUCUGAAAAUACAGUAUAUGCUUCAUCUUUAUGUUAUGUAAUUUGUUUUGUGCCUUGUGUACUGAUCUUCAUAUACAGUUGUACCACUAGUUUUAGAUUGGAUUCAUCUUUUUGUUUCAUUCAAAAGAUGAUCAGAUAUUGUGUUUAUUACUUUGUAUAAUGCAGUGUUUAAAUUAACUGUGCAUAGAUAGUACUUAAAGAAGUAUACUUUGAAUAGUUAUAAAUAUUAGUGUAAGAUGUGAAUGUUUUAAAAUAUUUUGUAUAUUUGUGUGUAAUGUUCAGCCCUAAUAUUGCCUGGACUGUUUGGGUUUAAUUAUGGCGAAUCUUAUGCAAUAAAUGCUCAAUUAUGUAACACGCACAGUGAAAUGCACUGCAUUAAGAACAGAUACAACUAAAAUCAGUGUUUUAAAUAUUCUGUUAGUCUGUGCUUUAUUAGAAUGAUGAUAAUGCAUUCGUUUGACUGUACACUGGAAAGAACUUGUACUUGGAAGUCAUCCUACAGAAUCAUUCAGCCACAAUGAAUGUCAUCUGGGAUCUUAAGUCAAAGAAGUACAACAUUAAAAGUUUUCAUGUGUAAAUGUGCACAGUCUAUAAAAGAAGUUACAAGAUUACAGUUUAUGCGAUGUAAAAGCACAUAGUUUGACUGCAUGGGUGUAUCAUGUAAAGGAGUGCAAUACUGAUCUACCUGCAAGACUAAACAUGCGUGUGAUAGAUGUAUACAGUAUCUGUGAGCUGUUUCUAUCCACAAGAGGUGCUACACUAGUAAAUGUCUGUCAGACUGCCAGAACAAAUGGCUAAUUAAAGUAGUGUGUAAAAAUGACAUGUGUAGUUAUAUUUAUAGUAAAUUACAUGCUUAUUGUCUGUGUUAAUGGAUGUUGAAGAAACUAGUCCAGAAUAGGAAACUGUACCAGAUAGGUAACUCCCUACCAUACUAUUAGUGUCUGCAUUGUAGAAUGAGGGCAGAACAAUUAUUACAGCAAAUUUUGUAAUCUGUACUAAAUUACGUAACAGCUUCAAAAUGCUCAGUUAUUUUUGCAGCUAACUCAAGAUGUAUUAUUUUAAAUAACUGAAAUUAUUAAGUAGCUGUGUCUGUAACAUAUGUGAUUAGUACUUAAGAGCACAUAUAAUUUUUAUAUUAAUGAUAUUUAUAAAUAAAGAGUCAUUACUAAGAAGUGCAGGCUUAGAUGUGUUCCAUCAUGAGUAGACUAGACUGUAGCAUAAGGGACACAAGUACAGAUUGUUCAUAAUUGUUCCUGUAAGGUGCUUCUUUACAGAUAUGCAUAAACUAAUAGCACAUCCUAUAGUUGAUUAGGUAAACUGUGACUGGUAGGGUAUACCUAUCAGUGGGAUUCUUUGUAACUUAGAAGCAAAUUUCUUUUGCCAUUUUCAAGGAAUUCACUAUAUCCCACUUGAGUCAUCACAACAAGGAGAAAUGUUAUUCUUUGCAUUCAGUACUGUUCUUUUAUGUAACUGAAAUAGACUGUACAUUUAAUUAUUAAUAACAGUGCCUGAUUUUAAUGAUAUAAUUAUAGUAUAGUUUUUAUAUGAAAAUACAAGCAUGAUACAUG